CUCGAACGUUACCAUAGAGACGUUUCAAGUCCCUAGAGAAACAUAAAACGAAGGACAUUCGAGUGAAUAAACGUGGCCAUGGAGGUUUUAAAUGCUGAACUGUGCGACGAAGAAAUAUGUAUAGAAGCGGAUAUUAAAAACAACGAGAAUGGCGGUGAAACCUUAGAUGAAAGCUUGUUAAGUUUAUCAGAAAGAGUAGCUAAUAUUCUGCUGCGGGGCUCAGAGAGUAAUGACCGAACCCGAACCGAAGACAUUUAUGAACUCCCUGAUAUAAUUUGCCUGAAAAUACAAAGGUACAAAGGAGAAACCAGUGAUGGACAGAUCCAUGGAGAAGGUGUUGCUUCUUUUGAAGGAGGACAUGAGUACAAGGGAAUUUUCUCCAAAGGACUCAUGGAGGGAUUUGGUACCUUCACACAGGCAGAUGGUGUGAAAUAUGAGGGAGACUUUGUGUGCAACUUGCCAAUGGGCCAGGGAACUUUGACAUGGCUCGAUGGUAGCACUUAUACAGGGGACAUCAGCAGAGGUAUAAGACAUGGAAUUGGAACCUACAAAUGUGCCAGAACCGGCAUGUCUUACAGUGGGCAGUGGGAUCAGGGCAAGAGGCAUGGAAAGGGUAAAGUGUAUUAUGAUGAGGACCAGAGCUCCUGGUAUGAUGGGGACUGGGUGGUGAACAAGAGAGAAGGGUGGGGAGAGAGGGGUUACCCAUCUGGAAACACAUACGCUGGUGAAUGGAGGAACAAUCUGAGGCACGGAGAGGGAACUAUGAACUGGAUCAAACUGGGACAGCAGUAUGUUGGGAGCUGGAAAGAUGGAGUGCAGCAUGGUUUGGGCACACACACCUGGUUUUUGAAGCGCAGUGAUGGAUCCCAGUAUGCCCAGAGCAACCAGUACAGGGGGGAGUUCUUUGAAGGCCAGCGUCACGGAAAAGGAGUCUUUUACUACGCUGGUGGUGCGAUCUACACAGGAGAAUGGAGGAACAACAAAAAACACGGGCAGGGCAAGCUCACUGCGAGGAGUGGCCGUGUAUUUGAAUGCGAGUUUGAUGACGAUCUGAUCUUAGCCAGCCUGAGUGAAGACAGAGCUGCACUGCCCCUCGUCGCCGUCGCAGGCAUCCUUCCGCUGUCAGACAACGACUCCAAGAUACUAGGAUCUGACAUGGCUUUCAACAUCCGAGUUCUCCUGAAUAAGAUCCCACAGAGAGACCGUGAGACUGAGCGCAUGAAGGUGGAGUCUGUGGUGAUGAGCCAACACGUGGAGCUGAGGCUCAUCUUUGGUUUCUACAGCAGACUCGGCCGCUCCAAUCCUCCCGACAACAUCUUCCUGCUGUCCCACCUGCAGUUCUGGCGCCUGCUCAAGGACUGCAACAUCCACCGUCACGGCGUGACGCUGACACAGAUAGACCGUUUGAUCAGAGAAGAGGGAGGUGUAACAAAGACCUGCUUGCCUUUCACGUUCAUGCCGCUUCAUGAGUUUCUCAUGGGUCUAGUGACGGUGGCCUACUACAUCUACAGGGAAGAUUUGGUGUCCGAGAAGCCCCUGUUGGCCGCCUGCUUUUCCAAACUGAUGACGAACGAUGUCCUUCCAAACGCCAGGAAUGUAAAAGGCCUCCUGUUCAGCCAGCCAGACGUCACAGAGGAGGCUCUGAAGUACCUGAACAAGUGCUGGGAAAUCUUUCAGUAUUUCUGCAGGAUCUACUCAGCCCACAGCGACGAGCCAUGCAUGACCUGCAGACACCUGCUGUGGAUGUUCAGGGACCUCAGACUGUUCGAUCAGCGUCUCACCACAACAACAUUACUGGAGCUCCUCAUUGCAGAGAACUGUCUAAGCGACACCUGGCCUUCUCGUGUGGAGCUGGAGAUUCUGUUCCUGGAGUUUUUUGAGGUGCUUUUGGACUGUGCAGAGUUAAAGUUCCAGCAGGUUUCUGAUGAGCCGGAGGAAAGCGCGGUCCAGAUUGCGACCGACAGCCAGACUACAGAGAAUUCACUUGAGGCGGAAGAAGCCUCCAGGGAGGAGGUAGAGGCUGCAGCCCAACAUGUCCAGGAGGAAGAAAAGGACACGGUGCCAAAAGUGGAGAGAGAGCAAGUAGUCCCCCCAGAGGACUACUUAGAGGAUCACAGCGAGGAGAAAAUGAGCGAACAUGAACCCAGAGACCAUCAAGAACCAAGCACCAUCCUGACUAUCCAACAGUUUUUUACCUACUGCUUCUUUCCUGCAGUUAAACAUCACAUUUUGGUUACCAGGGAGAUGGAGAAGCUUGCUGAGGAAGCCCAAAAUGCCAAAGAACCAGAGCCAAUAAUAAACUUAUGUGAAGGUCAGCAAGCAGAACCAGAGGAUACUUGACAUCUUCAAUGAAAGAAAAGCUUCUGUUCAGUAUCUAUUCUCUCCACUGUGUGUG